ACUGAUGUGAGGAAUACACAGGAGACUGAUGUGAGGAAUACUCAUGAGACUGAUGUGAGGAAUAUCCAGGAGACAAAUGUUAGAGAAGCAGUGAUAAAAAAAAUCCAUAUCAAAAGCACUCGAUAUUUUAGAACAUCUGUCUGAUGAUGACUAUGCAGCUGAGAGUAUUGAUGGGAUGGAUGAUGAUUCCUAUCAUCCAUCUGAAAGUGAAAGUGAUGAAGACGAAGAUGAAGAUUCAUCAAUCGAAUCAGAUCAUUCUACAAACAUGACAAGAACUGUUUUCCCACAACAUGAACAUGUUAGUGACAGUGAUGAUGAGGAUGAUGAGUAUUCUUCAGUCAGUCAAGUUUUUCCAAUUUUGAAUGGGACAGAGAAGAAAAUAACUUUCAUGAAAACUGAUAAAUCAGCUAAGGGACAUUAUACUAACAAAAGACAUGCCUGUCUAUUCUGUGAAAAAGUUAUGCCGAAUAUGGCUAGACAUCUGACUCUAAAACAUCACAAUGAACCUGAAGUGGCCAAAAUUCUAGUGCUGUCCAAAAGAAGCAAGCAAAGAAGACAGCUCUGGGAGGAACUUGUGAACAAAGGAAAUUUUAAUCACAACUACUCAGUAAUUGAAAAAGGAAAAGGAGCAGUUAUUCCUAAAUACCAAAAGAGUAACACAUCCAGUGCUGAUAUCAAAGAUUAUGUGCCUUGUUAUUACUGUAAAGGAUUGUACAAACGUACAGAAUUGUGGAAACAUACAACUUCUUGUGGAGAAAAAUCCAAGGAAUGCAAGUUGGAUAAACAGAAUCAUGUGAAACUUGGGCGUUUGUUACUUCCUCCUUCAUGUAACAAUGAGCAGUUUGAACAAAAGGUACUUAAUGUAAUGAGAGAUGAUGAGGUAAAAUCUGUAGUAAUUUCAGACAAAAGGAUAUUGGAUUUUGGAGGGAGGAUGUUUCGUAAGCAUGGAAAUGAAGAACAUAGAAACAUGUAUAUCUCUCAAAAAUUAAGGGAGCUAGGAAGACUGUUGCAGCUCAGUAGGAAAAGGUCGUUGAAUGCCUUGGAUGAUUUGUUGAAAACAGAGCAUUGGGAUACCCUAAUUGAAUGUGUGCAUUUAGUAUGUGGUUAUUCAGAAGUUAGUAAAGUUUAUAAUGCUCCAUCCCUUGCAUUGAAAUUAGGCCAUAGUUUGGUCAAGUGUGCCAGUUAUUUAAAAUCUGAAGGAUUGAAAGAAAGUAAUGAAGAGAAAAUUAAAACUGCAGAUGCCUUUCUCACUUUAUAUGAAAAUGAAUGGACUGAAAGUGUGUCAUCCCAUGCACAUUCCACUUUAAAUGAGAAAAAAUACAACAAGCAGCUCUUCAUUCCACUGGUUGAGGACGUGAAGAAACUGAAUGACUUUUUGGUUCAACGAGCACAUGAACUUUGCUCAGAAGUGGAAUUCAGAAAGGUGGAUUUGUAUCCAGAACUUGCACAGGUAUGUUUGGCACAAGUCAUUCUUUUUAAUCGGCGUCGCAGUGGAGAGGCAGAGAGAAUGACUGUGGCUGCCUACUGUGAUGCACUGAAAGGCAGUGGAAAACCAGAUCCAGUAAUAAUGAGUACCCUCAAUGAAUUUGAGAAAAUACUGUGCAAGUCCCACAUUAGAGUGGAGAUCAAGGGAAAGAGAGGGAGAAAAGUGCCUGUACUGUUUACCGCUGAUAUGAAGAAAUCUAUUGACAUUCUCCUGAAAACCAGACAAGAAGCUUGUGUCACACAGCCAUAUCUCUUUGCCAGGCCUGGAAUGACCACAAAGCCCUACAGAGGCACAGAUUGCAUGAGGAAAUUUUGUAACUUGGCUGAGCUUCGAAAUCCCAGUGCCAUUAAUUCCACAAAACUUAGAAAACAACUUGCUACCUUAGCUCAAGUCCUAAACCUCAGUGAAACGUCACAAGAUAUUCUUGCCACUUUUCAAGGACAUAACAUAAAAGUCCAUAGAGAGUUCUACCGGCUGCCUGAAAGUACUUUGCAAGUAGCAAAAGUUUCAAAAAUACUCCAUAGCAUCAAUAAUGGAACCAUAGAUAGAUAUAAAGGAAUGGAUUUCGAUCAGAUUGAUUUUGCUGACAAAGAAACACUUGACAGUGAAACAGAGAGUGAAGUGGAUGAUGACAGUGAUGAUGAUUCCAACCAUGAAUCUCUUUUGGAAGAGCCCUGUAAUUCUGGAGACAUGGGUAAAGAAAGGAAUGCAAGGAUGCCUCAAACUUCAGCACAAGAAGGAAUGCAGAUGCAGAGACCUAGCUCAUCUAGGAAGUUGGGAGGAAGAAAGCAAGAAGGAAUGCAGAUGCAGAGACCUAGCUCAUCUAGGAAGUUGGGAGGAAGAAAGCAAGGCAGUGUUCAGCGCCACACUUGGACAUCCGCAGAGAAGGCAGCUUUGCACAGACAGUUUGAUACUUUCAUCAAAGUAGGGAAAACUCCUGGUCAAGUCGACUGUUUAAAUGGCAUUAGAAUGGAGAAAUCUCUGUCCACUUUUACAUGGCGUCAUGUAAAGUUUGCUGUGAAAAACAUUAUUACUUCUCGGCAGAGGUGUUGCAAAAAGUAAUUCCAGUUUACAUGGUUGUAAUUAUAUUGACAGCUUCAGCAUUGGUCAUUCACUGUCUACCAUACAUCAUUGCAUUCAACAUUGAUAUGUAAUUUAUAGCAGUUUUGUUAUCUGACAAUUCUUGAAAUAAUUAACUAUAUAAAAGGUUUGAUGGUCAUACCAUUUUAACUCUGUGAAGAUAUAAUAAGAUAGUACAACACUAGUUAACUAAAACUAUCUACAGUUUAUAUACCAAUAGACUAUGAAGUAAUUGAUAGUAUCACAUCCUCCUUGUAAUUUUUUUUAUAUGCCCAUAAAAGAUGGGACGUAUUAUGGUAUGGCGUCAUCUGUCUCUCCAGACCUUGUAGGCAAAAUUCAAAAUGAACGGUAAGCUCGAGGAUCUUACAACUACAUGUAUAUAUAGACAUUUCACCGUGAAUCAAGGCCAUAGUAUCAGUUAAUAGGAAAACCUUGUAGGCAGAAUACAGACUGAACUAUUGGAGCUAGGACCGUCUAACUUGGUACACAUACUCCUCAUGCCAAGUGUAGGAUGCUCUAUGUUCUUCAAGGUCAAGGUCGUAGUAUCACUUAGUAGGAAAACCUUAUAGGCAGAUACAGACCGAACCGUUGGGUCUAGGACCAUCAAACUUGGUACACACACAUUAUGCCAAGCAGACAAUGUCUAUUGUUUCUCAUGGUCAAAGGUCAAGGUCAUAGUAUCACUUAGUGGGAAAACCUUGUUUUCGUUUUGGAUACAGAUAUUGUUUUGAAAUUUAGUCACAAGCUUCCUCUAGGAGGAAUAGGAGUUCAGGUUGCUGAAUACAUGUCAGAUAGAUUGGUGCAACAUGACCCACUAUUAGGAUUUUCUUUUUGGAAUAUGUAUGAUAUCAAUACAGAGUGCAUAAUGUGCUUACAGGUCCAACGGGUGUAUAUUGUACUGAUGUACUGUUUGUAGUACUCUUGUUUCAUUCCAAGUUUGAUUUUAAACCUAUUCAAAUUGUCAUGUAUGAAUAGAUAUUAAGUGUCAGCUGUUUUAAGAGUAGCUUUAUUUACAUCAUGUGAGCUUUUUGAGCUAAAUUGAACAGCUUUGUAUGCUUAUGAAAUAAAUAUGUACACUUUGAUUCUGCAGUUGAUUAUAUUUUGAUGUCUUAAAAGACUGACAGGUUUGGACUUCACAAGUGACAAAGGAUCAGUUAUUUGUC